UGGUCCUCCGCUCUCCUCUUCUUGCAGGACCCCCCGCAACCCCUCCUUCCCGAGAGGCGUGAAAAUGGACGACGUCCCGGAGCUGGUGAACAUCUCCAUCUCGUUGUGGAUCCAACCCAACGACGGCGAUGUUUUCUUCAAGGUGGACGGAAGCCGAUUCGGACAAACCCGAACCGUCAAGCUGCUCACGGGUUCCAAAUACAAAAUACAAGUGCUCGUCAAGCCCGGAACCGUCGAGGCCACAAACAUGAACAUUGGUGGCGUGGUGUUUCCUCUGGAGGAGCAGUCGCGAGAUGCCGAUCAGGUCGUCUAUCAUGGACGCUACGACACCGAGGGAGUCCCGCACACUAAAAGUGGAGACCGGCAGCCAGUAGAAGUCAGCAUCCAGUUUCAGCGCGCGGGCACCUUUGAGACGGUCUGGCAGGCCAAGUACUACAACUACUACAAGCGCGAGCACUGCCAGUUUGGUAACAAGUUCAGCAGCAUCGAGUAUGAGUGCAAACCCAACGAGACUCGCACCCUCAUGUGGAUCAACAAGGAAGCCUUCAACUGAACACGCGAAUGGACCGGAGCACACGGAAAGGGAUUCAUUUUUGGAUUAUUUAUUGUGAGUGAUGCAGAGAAGUAAAUGUGUUGUGCGAUUGUGUAUGUGAUGGCCAGAUAUUCUGGGAAAACAUUGAAAUUUGAUUAACAUAUGUCAUGAUUCCUCACGUAAUUUAUUGCCAACUGGUUUUGUUUCAUGUAUUUCUGUUGAUUAAAAAAAAACAAAAAAACAAAUGCAGAAUCAGAUUUUGUCAUUGAAUGGAACAUUUUCUAAAUAUGCCAAAAUAUUCCAUGAAAAACAUCUGAAUGUUAGACAAAGUUGUGAUUUUAAGAGAAUGUGGUUCUCAUAAUAUGAGGGGGAAAUUAAAUUUUAAGGGGAAUAUGAACAUGUGAGAGAUAUUUUUUAAUAAGAAAAUUUGAAUAUUACAAGAGUUUAACAACACUGUGUGCGGCUUGAUAUAAGUUUGGAGAAAUAUGUAGCAGAAGUUUUAUUUUUUAAUAGGCGCCAGUUUGUACGAUUAACAAGGAUUUAUUAAUGACAUGGUGUCGAUUCUUUGGCUAACAACACAUAAUUUGCUGAUUUUACAUUUUCUACCACAAUUUGAUUCAAGUGCUUAUGAUCAAAACUACUACGAUAUUAUAUACACAUUUACAAAAGCACAUUUCAUCGAUAGCUAUAAAAAAAUAAAUAAUAAUAAUUUUAAUGUUUAAUAAUGUCCAUUUUACCCUGGAAACCCCCGUUUACAGACAUCGCGCAACCGCUUUUGUUUCAACCCAGCCAUAAAACGAAGGUAAUUAAUUAAUAUUUAUUUUUCAAAAUGUCUGUCAUUUUUAG